AGUUCUUCGGCGACUUCGACGGCGCCACCAUGUGGAACGCCAACACACCGCGCAGCGAGGAUUGCCUGUACCUGAGCGUGACGCGGCCAAGACCGCGGCCUUCGCGGCCGGCACCUGUGCUCGUCUGGAUCUACGGCGGCGGCUUCUACAGCGGCACGGCCACGCUGGACGUCUACGAACCGAGCGUGCUGGCGGCGGAGGGCGGCGUCAUCGUCGUGGCGAUCCAGUACCGCGUCGCUUCGCUCGGCUUCCUGCAGCUGGACGCGGCGCCGGGCAACGUCGGUCUGCUGGACCAGGUGCUGGCGCUGCGCUGGGUGCGGCGCAACAUCGCCCGCUUCGGCGGCGACCCGGAGCGUGUCACGCUCUUCGGCAACUCGGCCGGCGCGGUCAGCGUCAGCAUGCACCUGCUGUCGCCGCUGUCGGCGCCGCUCUUCCGGCGCGCCGUGCUGCAGUCGGGCUCGGCCACCAACCCGUGGGCGGUGCUGAGCGCGGAGGAGGCGCGCCGCCGCGCGCUACGGCUGGCCGAGGAGGUCGACUGUCCGCGUGCGCCGGCGGCGCGCGCGCUCGCCUGCCUCCGCCAGACGAGUGCCGAGCGCCUGGUGAACGCCGAGUUCUUCACCACCGGCAUCUGCGAGUUCCCGUUCGUGCCGGUGGUGGACGGCGAGUUUCUCCCCGAGGACCCGGCCGAGGCGCUCGCCGCCGGCCGCUUCAAGCGCGCCGAGCUCCUGGCCGGCAGCGUCGCCGAGGAGGGCAACUACUUUCUGCUGUACUACCUCGCCGAGUACGCCAACCUGACGGUGGUGCCGAGCCCGAGCCGGUACGCGCCGGCCACACUCCGCGACGGCCUCGACAAGCUGGUCGGCGACCAGCAGUUCGCCUGCGGCGUCAACGAUUUCGCGGCGGCGUAUGCGCGCGAGGGCGGCGCCGUGUUCGUCUAUCAGCUGCGCCAGCGCGCGCCCGGCUCGCUCUGGCCCCAGUGGACGGGCGUGCUGCACGGAGACGAGGUGGCGUACGUGUUCGGCGUGCCGCUUCGCGCCGGCGGGAGCUUCAGCCGCGAGGAGGUCACGCUGUCCAAAAGGAUGAUCGGUUACUGGACUAACUUCGCCAAGACCGGGGACCCGAACCAGUCAGGUGACCAAUGCGCCCUGGACGGAGGCGCCUCGGCCGACUGGCCCCUGUACGAGCCGAGCGGCCAGCGGUACCUGGUGCUGGCGGCCAACACGCGCGCCACCGGCCGCGGCCUGCGGGCCCGCCAGUGCGCGCUGUGGUCCAACCUCGUGCCGCCACUCAACAGCACGGCCUUCGGUCUUAGCGCGUAGCGGUCUGGUGGCUCUGGUGGCUCGGUCUGGUCGUCUGGUGUGGUGGCUCGGG